AUGGCACCCUCUUCCACAUCCUCCUCAGUACCCGUUGGCCCACAGCAAACCAACAUGGCCACCGAACCUGAAAAGCAGACCCAGUAUGCUUCCAUUGUCCCACCACAACAGUCUGCAGAAGACCGUCUGCAAUUGCAACGCACCGUCUCUUCUGUCAGUCACCAUGACAUGGCCAAUGUCCAAUAUGUCGCCACCGGCGAUAACGAUGUCGUCUACAACAGGUUCUCUGAGCGCCGCAAAAUGAUUGUGGUAGCUGUUGUAUCCUUCUGCGGCUUCUUGGCCCCGAUUUCUUCAACAACCGUGUUAUCUGCUGUUCCUGAAGUGGCAGCCACUUACAGCACCGAUGGCUCAAUCAUCAACGUCUCCAAUGCGUUAUACAUGCUGUUCAUGGGACUCUCUCCCUGUUUCUACGGACCAUAUGGCAACAUCUAUGGCCGUAAAUGGGUUUCGGUGAUGAGUGCUGCACUCUUCACUGCGUUCUCCAUUGGCACAGCCCUUGCACCCAACCUAGCAGCCUUCUUCGUCUUCCGUAUUCUUACGGCUUUCCAAGGGACUGCCUUCCUAGUCAUUGGGUCAGCUGUUAUUGGUGACAUGUAUAAGCCGACCGAACGCGCAACAGCUCUCGGAUGGUUUCUAAGCGGCACCCUCAUCGGUCCAGCCUUGGGUCCCUUCAUCGGUGGUAUCAUUGUUACAUUCCGUAGCUGGCGCGACAUCUUCUGGCUACAGACAGCACUAGCUGGAACAGCGACGCUGUUGUGCUUCUUCCUCCAGCCCGAGACUAUUCACAACAAGCGCGCCGACGAGCUUGAGGGACUGCCUGCCAAGGAACGGGCACAUAAGAUGUGGCAAUGGUUAAAUCCAUUCCGCAUCAUCAUGUUGUACCGCUACCCAAACAUUCUCUUGACAGGCUUGGCUUCGAGUUCUCUGGUCUGGAACAUGUACUCCCUUCUUACGCCCAUCCGAUACGUCCUAAACCCGCGCUUCGGCCUCGAAACACCACUACAAUCGGGACUCUUCUACAUUGCUCCAGGCUGCGGAUACCUUGUAGGAACCUUUUUCGGCGGCCGCUGGGCCGAUCACGUGGUUAAAAAGUACAUUCCUCAACUGUUCUGCUUCCCCAGUCUGAACACCUACUGCCUGGACGUCAUGCAGAGCCGAAGUGCAGAGGUUGUUGCUGGCAAUUAUUUCAUGCGUUACAUGUUUGCUGCAGCAGGGUCUGCAGCCUGUUUACCGGCCGUUCGAGCUAUUGGCGUUGGAUGGUUCUCUACCAUUAGCGCGGUAUUUCUCAUGGCUGGUGCGGCGGCAACGUACGUCACUGCACUGUAUGGAAAGUCGUGGCGUAUGGCUAUCGACGAGAAGAAGGCAGCAAAAAAAGUGGGCGAAAGCAGCGUAUGA